UCUAACAGGAGUAGAACCAGUGCAGCCUCAUCCAGUGUCUAACAGGAGUAGAACUUCAGAACUUAUGACUGAACUGUAGCUCUGUUAAACCAGCUUCAAACGUUUCUAAGUCUGAAUUAUCCACUCUUAGGAAUCCAUGUAUAAUAGUGGCUACUCACAAGUUAACCUGGGAUUGGAAGCCAUGAAGAAACACAGAUCAAAGGGGAAGAGCUGUGGUUACUACAUGAAAAUAAUUUUCUUCUUUUCCUCACUAAUCCAGUCUCUCAUCAUCGUCAGUCUGGUGCUCUUUCUUGUUUAUGGACAGCCACAGCAGACAGAGGAGAAGAGAGUUCAGGAGUUGGAACACAGUUAUAGCAGACUCUCCCUGGAGAAUGUCGCUCUUCGAGCAAAUGAAAAGAACCUUUCUCAGAAAUUAAAUUUCACUCUUACUGGGAAGAAAUCUGCUGACAGAGAACUGUUGACACUGUACAAACUGGCAAACACUUCAGCCAUCUUCAUCAAUAAUUUGCAACUCAAAUUGAGACAGUAUGAGACAGACAAAAGAGGUCCUUGUCCAACUCAUUCAUGCAAUUCAGCCUGCUGUGCAGGAUUCUAUUUGUAUUUGCGCCAUCAACUUGAACAAAGCCAAGAAAUGCUGAAAUUAGUGCGGACAAACUUCUCUGAAAGCAUGCAGAUUAUGUCACUAGACCUAGAGAAUGCUCACAAAGCAAGGAUCAACCAUCAAUUGGAAGCAAUCGAGCUGCGGAGGGACAACAGCUUUCUUGGGGAGCGAAUCGAAACAUAUGAGAAAAAGUGUAAGGAAGAUUUUGUUCAGUCCUUACAGGGAAUCCCUGAUGUCACCAGGGAAUUUCUCAAAAGGGUCGACAAUUUGUUCUCAAAGCACGUCUCUUUCCAGCUGACAUGUGAAAAACAAAGCACUCAGCUUGAAGAUAUUCGUACAAACUGCAGCAGCCUUUCAAAAGAGGUGGAGAAUAAACUUCAGCAAUAUCUAGACAAGGUCGGCAGUCAGGUCACCACUACUAUAGGAGAAAACGCCAAAUACAUGGCAGAGAACAAACGUCUAAAGGAGGACGCCAGCUGGUGCACCCGUAACCGCAGUGCCAUAAUCGAAGAGAACAAGAAAGUUCUCAAGAAGGUUCAGCUGAAGUUUGACCAAGAAACAGAGAAGCUCCUGCUGGAGGUCAAGAGAAUGACGGGAGAAAAGAAGCUGCAGGAAGAUCUAAUGUCUGUGAAAGAAAUUGAAAUUAAGAUGCUUGAUGCCAAAGUCAAGGAUCUUAAUACUUCUCUGACCACUUGUAAGGCAUUUCCAAAAAGCCAAAUUCCUGUAUCCACUUCAUUCUUCGGAAUGGCAGGCAUGGGUUCCUCAGGGCUUGGCUCUAGCGGGCAGGUCACAUCAUUGCAUGGCAGAACAGUGGGAGGUUCACUGGGGUCAAGUGGAAUAGGAUUGGCUAGUUUAGGACUAGGCUUGCAGAAACCAGGUUCAGCCAGCUCAGUGGCAUCAAGUUCUGGUAGUCCCUCCAUCAGUUCAACAGGAUUGGGCCUACCAGCAUGGCCAAGCAUCGGCUCCCAUGGAACAGGAGUGACUCGACUCGGUAGCACAGGCUCAGGCACGGGAGCACUGCGCAAUCCAGGUUUGAGCAGUAUGGCCAUUGGGAGUAUUGGAGCAGGCAGCAUAGGAUUAGGUAGAAGUGCAGAGCAAACAGGGUUGGGCAAUGUAAGGUCGAAUGAUAUAGGGUUGGGCAGUGCAGGACCAAAUGCCUUGGCCAGAACGUGGACAGCUGGGGCAGGUUUUGCCUCCACUGGAACUAGUGUAGGUUCAUCAUCCAUGAGUGGUGGAGGAAAAGUAACCAGUGGCAGUGAUUCUCUGCUGACAGCAAACAUUAAUCAGCACUUACGAGAGCUUAAUCGGUAUGUUAAAACAAACUGAAAGACUCACCAGAGACCAGACGUAAGACCAAGCAUGGAAUGGAUAUAUAAUUGUUUAAAUAAUGGUUUUACACAAGAAUAUUCUGAUGCAAUAGCUACAAAGCAUACUUUGUUAUUAAUGAAAUAUGGUCUUUAACUUGGAGUGUAAUUAGAACUUUAUAAGCUUGGAUAUACAAUCUUCCAUAAUAACAUUAUUAAGUAUUGUAACAAGUUAUUAGUUAGACCACUUAAAAUAGGGAACCUGAUAAUAAUAAUAUUCAUGCACAUGUAUUAGGUAGAGCACAUUUAUGUCUUCAUUCUUGUAACUGUGUAAUUAUAAUACCACUGCUAUUAAUA